AUGCGUGCUUCGAUCGUCGCUUACCGUGUUCCCUUGAUUCGUUUUAUCGGCAAGCGUUCCAUUCCCUCCACCCUGGACCACUCGCUGAAGGCCCAUCCCGAGGGCCCCGGUGAGCUGCCUUCCUCGUUCGCCCAGUACCGCCAGAGCGCCCAGACACACGGUCCGCUUGCUCGCAGCUCGUCCACCUCGUCCCCGGCCGAGAGCGGUGCAGUCUACCUGUCAGUUGCCGACCUGCCCAAGCGGUUCCACUACUCCCAGCUCUCUGAGGCCGAGCUUGAGAACAUUAACAGCGGCGGUGCUUUUGUUGUGUUCUGA